AUGGUCGCCUUCUCUUCUAUUCUUCUCGCCUUCUCGGCUGCCACGGGUGCCCUGGCGGCCCCGAACCGUCUCGGGCUGAUGGAGAUGGCCAAGCGCAGCAUGACCACCUCCAACCAAGGCACCAGCAACGGCUACUUCUACUCCUUCUGGACCAAUGACGAGGGCUCUGUGACCUACAACAACGGCAACGCGGGUGAAUACUCUGUCGACUGGAACAACGCCGGUAACUUCGUUGCUGGCAAGGGCUGGAGCACUGGUAGCGCGCGCGACAUCACCUACUCCGGCACCUGGAAGCCCGUGAACAAUGGCAACAGCUACCUCUCCGUGUACGGCUGGACCACCAGCCCGCUGGUGGAAUACUACAUCGUGGAGCACUACGGCGAGUACAACCCGUCGAGCGGGCUGAAGCAGCUGGGUACGGUGACCAGCGACGGCAGCACGUAUAAGAUCUACGAGUCGACGCGCACCAACGCGCCCUCCAUCCAGGGCACCAACACCUUCAAGCAGUACUGGUCCGUGCGCGACAAUGCCCGUGUCGGCGGCACCGUCACCACCAAGAACCACUUCGACGCCUGGGAGAAGCUCGGCCUCAAGCUCGGCACCUUCAACUACCAGAUCGUCGCGGUCGAGGGCUAUGAAAGCAGCGGGUCUGCCGCCAUUACCGUCGAUAGCGUCACCCACACCACC